AUGUAUCGGAAGUUGUCUAAGUUAGAACACUCGGAAAUAAAACAACUUCUUACAGAAGCUAAUAUAGAUGUUGCAAAGCAUUACGCAACAAACAAAAAAGCACUCGCUGACAUCCUCAAUGACUAUAAUGGUGCAAUAAGUUAUGAUAGAAUUCAUGAGUUCAUAAAGCCGCAACGCGGCGAGGACGAAGUCCAUGCAAGAGCAUUUCCUUUAAAUGACGUUGCUAUUGACUUAUAUCAUAGACGUUCAGUACCUCAUGAAGUAAGAAGAGAAAUGUUUGACAUAACAAAUGCAAACGUUGGUGAAACAAGAAGAAGAGACGACACACUGAAACAACAGAGAAGAGAGAUGUUUAAGAGCGCUAUAGAACAAGUUCGCAAAGCUAACGAUGUCCUUCGUUCCAUUGACGACAAACCAAAAGAAGGUGAGAGAUGGUUAAAGAAAGAUGAAGAGAAUAGGAAGAGGAAUGUUAAGACAGGCAAUAGACUCAUUGACUUUAACAUCGAAGCUUUAGAUGAACCAAACAGAGACUACUUACACAAACAUUUCGGUAA